GGACUUAAUAUCUUUUCCUUUCUUUUCCCCAACUGUCCCUAGUCGAUUAGACAAUACGUAUACGGAGGAGAUACUAACUAGCUACAGACGGUACUAGGUUGUCAGUAUCUAUCGCGCAACCACCCAGUGAACCACAAAAAAUACCUCUUCAUUCAUAUCUAAUCCCUCUCCCUCCUGGUCUCCCCUCCUUUUUCAUAUCUGCUCGACCCGUCUCCUCUCUAUCUUUCUCCUCUGCGUGGAUAUUCUUAAAUUACAACCAACUCAAUCAUUAUCAAAGUAGUUAUUUUCGUUGUACACAAAAGACAAAGUAUCCGUUCGAUCCUUAAUUGUUUACUCGCUAUCGUCCUCUCGCACUCGGAUGCACCCAAGUCACUACUGUACGAUUAGGUUCUGAGCAACACCCGAGAGGAAUCAUAAGCCUAAAACUCCAAUCAUUCCUUCAAAUCAUCCACCCAUUCAUCCAUCCAACUGAAUCACGUUUGACAACCAACCUUUGCAAAAGGAAUUUAAUUGAGUCAAUUGUCACAGACUCCAUACGAUAAGAGCUUUCAAUUCAUUUAUUGGCCUUGUGUUAGAGAAUAAAAGCUUCUCCCAAACAACCAUUCGAAGAUCCUUCAAAAAUAGAAAGUCGGUCGUUCUUACCUCGUUUCGAAAAGAGUGCGCUAGCACCACGAGUUAUAGAGCUUCUACGAACCUACCUGCUAUCCAAAGUAACCUUCAAAGCACCUUUAACAAUCGUUCCUCUGUUCGAGCAUCGAUAAACCAUAUAUCUCGAGCCAAAGAUCCUUCUUAAUUUUAAAAGAAAGACACCAAGUCAAACUCAUCAUGUCAUCUCCUGUCGAUGAGAAAUCGACUCUGGUCGACACAAACGUUCUUACCAUCAAUCGACCUACCCCAUCCCGUACACAAUCCAAUCAAUCUGCUCUUAGCACAAUCCAAGAUGUCGAUUCUACCCAUUCUUUAAGUCCAACUCACACUCGCUACGAGAAAAGCAGUCUGUCCCAAGAAACAUCUCCAUUCUCUCCGUUCUACAACCCAGCCCCUACGCGAUAUUCGCUCGAAGCACAGAAAUCCUCGUCGAAGCAGAAUAUUACGAUGUAUGAUACCGACGUCGAAGCUUGUCUCACACCACAACAAACAACGAAGAGCGGAACAUUGUUGGCGAAGGCGAAGACGGGUGCGACGCAGGAAUGUACGGUAUGGCCUGGUCAACAACAAAUGAAGAGGAAGAAGAAGGCCAUGAAGAAACACAGACUAAGUGCAGGUGUCUGCGGUUGCAUGGCUGGUUUCGAUCGAAAGACGAGAAUCUGGCUUAAGGUCUUGAUUGCUUUGGUCGUCAUUGCUCUUGCCGUCGGUCUUGGAGUCGGUAUCUCGAGAGCUGUUGGAGGAGGAGUUUGGAAGAAUUCGCAGAGCACAAAUACUGCCAUUCCCAGCUAAUUGGAAUGACUUGACCAAUGGAUUAGUGUACAAGUUAUGAUAUCCGUCCAUGUCGGCGUACAGCACAUCCUCUGCUACUGCAUCCUCGACCCACUAUACACACAUACCUCGCAGCAUGAGACUCGCAGAUCUCUUGCCCUUUCCAAUUCGAUUGAUCACCCAAUCUUAGAAUACGUCGCCUUGUACAUACACUAUCUUCGAUGUCGGUCCUUCAAUCGCAUCAUCGUUUCUGGGCGUUCGCGGAGCAUCUUUUCUCUUAUUUUCUUAUUUCUUUCCUAGCGCAGGGUGAAAUAAGCAUAAAGCACCAACAUAUUUUCAUGGUUUCGUUUUUCCGUUACGACAUAUUGCAUAUGACAUAGCUAAAUGAUGUGCAUACGUUAUGUGGUCCAUGGCGUGGAAACACCCCUUUCUCUUUUUUAAUCAUCGGUCGUGUCUAAAGUUCGGGGGAGGCAGAGCGAUGGAAAUCUUUGCUCGAAUUUUGAUUUCUCUUGCUGUGCAUAGAUGAUAUGAGGCGACGAUUGUGGCGGGAGUGGUAUGGAGAUGAGAAUGUUCAUACAUUGCAUACAUACAUAUCGUACGUGGAUAGAUGAGGACAAAACCUGUAUUUGGAGUAUUGGAGUGAAAUGAAUGAAUGGAUGGGAUGGAGGGAAAGAUGGGAAAUGCUAAUGAUAUGACCACCAACUACUUGAUGAAAUUUUUAUAUCUUUUGUGACUGUCGAUGUGAAACAGAGUUGAAUAAUUCCAGAUAAUUUGUCUUCAAGAAAUCAUUCAUGAACGUACAGCACGCACAAAUGCGAGAAAAGAAGCAUGAACAAAGAGAAUGAUAAAUAAGAAAAAUACUAAUCACA